UGGUGCAGUAUAAAGGAGAUGACAGCUGGAUUGGUUUGACUUUCAGCAAGCAGUUAUAUCAAUAUUUUUGGGUAGAUAAUUCAUCUUCAGUAUUUCAGAAUGCAUGUUGUUGAUCUCUUUACUGAACAUACUGGAAGAGCCUUUUACUUGCCUACUGGGAAAGCUCCAAAGUAUACUACUUUAGAUAAAGCCAAAGAUGCUUGUUUAGUUUUGCGAAAGUGUACUGGAGUGGUAGAAGCAGCAAAAGAUUUCAUGUUGCACACUGGUAUGGAGAUAUAUAGCACUGGGGACAAAAAAGUGAAGACCUGGAUCAAAUCAGAUUGUACUGCUGGAAGGUUUGGGAAAAUGUGUGAGCAUAAGUGCCAAACGUGUGAUGACGAUGUUCCAUGCAACCCACAUACAGGAUUGUGUGGAGACAGCUUGUUCUGCAACAAAACGGAUAGAACUUUCACUUGUGAAAAAGGGAGCUUGAUUGGUGGGAGGUGUCCUACUGAAGAUGGCUGGAUAUACUGGUAUGGCAGUUGUUAUUACAUUAAUGGAACAGAAAUCCAAGACUGGAUGCAGGCAGACGAUAUGUGUAGAAAGUAUAGCGGCACAGACCUUCUCUGGAUUACCAGUGAAGUUGAGAAGAAAGCACUUCUUUCUUUACUGCCCAGAGGAGACUACUGGACUGGCCUUCAUGGGAAUUGGUUUUGUAGCCAUUUGCAUUGGUCACACAGACAUGCUAUAUUUACUCCUUCAGAAUGGUUAUGGACUGGGCAGUGGACAUUCUAUUGGGCAUGCUGUGUACAUCUGACAGUUCCUGAAGGUGAAAUGACAGGAACUCGCUGUGGUAGGAAAGCAUCAUUCAUUUGCAAGAAAAGAGAGGAAGGUAAUACAAAUGAACACUUAGAUACAAAGUAA